GAUGCCUCAGCUCCCACCAUGGCUGAAACCACCAAGCUCCAGCUCUUUGUGAAGGCCAGUGAGGAUGGCGAGAGCGUAGGACACUGCCCUUCCUGUCAGCGGCUCUUCAUGGUCCUGCUCCUCAAGGGCGUGCCCUUCACACUCACCACAGUGGACACACGAAGGGCAUUGGAUGUGCUGAAGGACUUCGCACCGGGAUCACAAUUGCCCAUCCUACUCUAUGAUGGGGACGUCAAGACGGACACACUGCAGAUUGAGGAGUUUCUGGAAGAGACACUGGGGCCACCUGACUUUCCUGGCCUGGCACCUAGGUACAGGGAGUCCAACACAGCAGGCAACGACAUCUUCCACAAGUUCUCUGCCUUCAUCAAGAACCCAGUGCCUACACAGGACGAUGCCCUGUAUCAGCAGCUGCUCCGGGCCCUGACCAGGCUGGACAGGUACCUGCGUACACCACUGGACCAUGAACUGGCACAGGAGCCACACCUUUCUGAAUCCCGCCGCCGCUUUCUCGAUGGCGACCAGCUCACGUUGGCUGACUGCAGCCUGCUACCCAAGCUGCACAUUGUGGAUACCGUGUGUGCGCACUUCCGCCAGAGGCCCAUCCCUGCGGAACUGUCCUGCGUUCGCCGCUACUUGGACAGUGCGUUGCAGGAGAAAGAGUUCAAGUACACGUGUCCGCACAGCGCAGAGAUCCUGGCAGCCUACCAGCCUGCUGUGCACCCCCGCUAGCACCCCUACCUCCAUACACUCAUCUGCAUUCCCAUAAAGCAUCUCUGCCACAA